CACUCACACCCACCCACCAGGGGACUCGAAUACUGGCCAUCAGGAUGACAGAGGCGGAGCCAUGCGUUGCAGUGCAAGUGUAGGGUGGUGGGCAGUGGCAGCGGGACUGGCUAUGAUGGUGGUGGGUGCCCAGGCAUUUACCAAAUAUAUAAGUACAUAUGAAAAGCCGAUAUCUGUCACCAAGAGUGUGAGCUGCCAUACCUUAUCUCACCAGGAAAAGGAGAGUCACACUGAGGUUCUGUGCAGAGGCCUUAAGUCCCUGAAGGAGGUGACAUUACAUUUGUCAGAGGAACAGCUGCCUCUGAUAACUACCCUCACCAUUGCUCAUGCCAACAUCAGUUCCUUCACCUUAGAUGAUUUAGUGGACCUCCCUUCACUACACACAGUUAUGUUCAACCACAGUCAGAUAUCAAAUUGGACGGCUCCGCAGCAUGAUCUGCUGCCCAAUGUGACUACACUUCUGCUUAACCACUGCUGGAAUAACUCAGAGCUCAGAGCAAAAGAAAAGAAACCAACGCUGGAGCUCACUUCCCAGAUGUUGAGUUUUGUACCAUCACUGAAAGAGCUGCACAUUGUUGAUUGCUUCCUAAUGAAACUAGAGAGGCUAGAUAAUGUAACACAUCUGCACAAGCUUAAUAUUGUUGAUGGCGGAGUCGGGUGUGAGGAUGACAAACUGUGGCUGCUUGAUUGGCUUGAAGCAGGAAGGGCGUCUAUCUCCAAAAAUACCACGUGCUUCGUACCCACACUCAACUACAUGGCCACCAUGUACAGCUUCAAUGGACGAGAACUGCUCAUGUGUUUGGGCUACAAGAAGAAGACACAGAGGGAGUGUGUUCCUCCAUGCAACUGUUCUGUGACAGGAAUAAAAGAUAGCUUGAUGCCUAUAAUCCACGUUUACUGUCGAAGAAUUGGCUUGACAGAGCUUCCACAAAUUCCACAUUAUACAAGAAGGCUUUAUCUGGAGGGAAACAAUAUCACAAAUAUGAGCCUGCUAUUCACCAAUGAACGCUACUAUCACAUAGACUCCAUUUCUCUGAACCACAACCGCAUCACCUACAUGGAUGGCGAACUUUACUAUAACUACAUAAAAAAUCGUUCCUUAGACAUUGGCAUUCUUUUGGCACACAAUAAGCUUAGCACGAUGCCAGUGAAGGAAAUGAGGCAACUGUACAAUGAAGCUGUUAAAGAGGGCAAGAUCCACCUGCCUACCUUUGACCUGGGACACAAUCCUUGGAACUGUGAUGACUGUAAUUUCCUUCCCGAUUUUCAGGACCUAGUGUACUACCAGAGCAUCAAGAUGAACUUCUUCAAUAUUAGAUGUGCAAACUGGAGUACCAAUGCUGGCCAACAGGUUAUCAGGCUUGAUGUGAAAGCCUUGUGUGCUCCUGAGCCACCACUUCUUCAGCCACUUGACAUGCUCAACAUCUGCAUGGGAAUCCUCCUCCUCCUCCUCAUGCUCAACUUCCUCCACAACUUUAUUCAAUACCGCAGACAUGGUAAACUUCCCUGGAUUAUCAUCAAACUUCCUUGCUGCUGAUUCACUACACUUGAACCCUAACUUACAAGAUGUAUGGGAAUAAUAAUGCCACUGUUGAGGUUGUUGACGUUCUCUGGUCAGAUGUGAAAUUAUAUAAAUAUAUAUAUAUAUAAAACAAACACACACACACACACACACACACACACACACACACACACACACACACAUCCUUUUUUUUGACA